UCUGCAUUAAUUUUUGUCGAGAGUCUCUACGACUCAGAAUUGAACUGUCCACAUCGAGCGUCGUCACUUUUUUGUUUGUUUUGUUUUGUUUUCUCCCUUUGUUUUCCACCAUUUGUUAAACAGUGUACAACACGUUUUUUGUGUUAUAUUUUAUUUCUGUUAAUACACCGGAAUGGAACUUAAUUCUCUUCUUCUUCUUCUUGAGGCAGCAGAGUAUUUGGAAAGAAGAGACAGAGAAGCUGAACACGGUUACGCAUCUGUUUUGCCGUACGAUAGUGACUUUUCCAGAAAGAAAACGAAAUCCUCUCCUAUUUCAAGAAAACCUCACAACAAUAGGUCAUCACACAAUGAGCUGGAAAAACACAGACGUGCCAAACUGCGAUUGUACCUGGAGCAGUUGAAACAGCUUGUGCCUUUGGGUCCUGAAAGCACCCGUCACACCACACUGAGUCUGCUCAAACGCGCCAAAAUGCACAUCAAGAAGCUGGAGGAACAGGACAGGAAGGCUCUAAACACGAAGGAGCAACUGCAGAGAGAACAUCGCUACCUCAAACGGCGCCUGGAGCAGCUCUCUGUACAGGGUUUAGAGCGCAUCCGCACUGACAGCAUGGGCUCCACCAUCUCCACUGACUCGGAGCAAGAAGUGGACGUUGACAUAGAGGGCAUGGAGUUCACACCAGGUGAGGGGGAUAGCCUGGACAGUGUUAGCGAUGGUGAGGACCACUACAGCCUGCAGAGCAGCUCCAGCGAUGGAGGCCACCAUUCACAUUCCCACAGAUUACAGGCUCACAUCUGCUAGGCCGUGUCAGACCGCAGCAGUGUGUCACCUCCAACAUACCCAUCAGCCACUCCCAGCUGGCAGGAAGCACCUGGCUGAUUUCCACUCCCCAGAAAACUUUCUUCCCUCUAAGCCCUUUCAACGCUUUAUAUCAAACCCUCCCUAACCCCACAAAUACACACAGACAAGCAAUAUGUGGUUUUAGUAAGAACAUGUGGUGUGGUAAUGCAGUUUUAACUUGUCUCUUCUGCUGUGUAUGUAUGAGAAAUUGUGGCUCUGUUCCAAAACCUAGUAACUGCCUAGUUGUCUGUCGUCUACUUCAACGCAGUAUCCUAACUGAAAAGGAAAAAAAAACUCUACAAAGGCUUGCUGAUGUGUAUAUGUCACAAGGCAGCAUGGUUUUCCUGUGUACUUUUUGGCUUCGUUUACACUUGCACAAAAUCCGUUUUUUUUUUUUUUUACUCCCACAUAGAUCAGAUAUUGUCGCAUAUGUAUGAACACAAAAAUCUGCAUCCAUUCUGAACCACUUCCAAAUGUAGUUUUUAAAUCAGAUAUAUAUUGUAUAAAUCUGAUCUAUGUCUAAACCUAUAUAUUCAUAAUGGAUGAGGGCGAAACACACAAUCAAAUCACUAGAUAAGGAACCUUUAUAAUAGUUAGAAAAGUCCACACACACAGCAACAUUCAGGAGCAUAGAAACCUGCUCGGUGAAUUUUAUAAAUAGAAUAGGUUAUCUACUGAACGCAAUAUUUUAUUUGUAACCUUGCUGAUUUUGAAGUACCUAAACUCAUAGAUUCAUGACGUAAAGAUACUGCACAGAUACAUGUAACACAUCUCUUUCUUAAAGUUUUGUCUUGAAUUAAUAUAAAUAGAUGGGACAAAAAAAUCAGAUAUGAUCAAAAGAUCGGAUCUCUGCAUUCAUGUAAAUGCAGCUGUAAAUUGCUGUUCCAAAAUUGAAGCGCAAGUCUAUAAUACCCAAAAUGCUAUCUAGGCAGGCAGGUCACUGGGUUUUUGAAUAGAGCUUGCUUGUGUGUCAGUUCAUUUUGAUUUAUGGGUUUAAACAGAGUUCUUUCUUAAAAGUGAAAAUCAUAGCAUCAGACACACUAAUAGACUAAUGGAAAGGGAGCAAAAGGACAAAACUUCAGGGCACUUCACCCAACGCAGUUAAAUUGACCAUGACGAUUCAUUAAUUGGCUACUUUUGUGUAAAAGAAAAGAGAAUAUUAAUAUCUAAUGGUUGAUUCAUAGCAAAGAAUUGGUGCCUUGCAAGUGCAUCAGUGUAGUAGUCUUUAUGUAAAACUUUCAGUAGUAAAUCAUGUAGCAGUAAACUUGGAAAGCUAUGGCUUUCUUAUGCAGUGAACUGAUUCUGGACAAAGCAUGAGAGACUUGAGAAGAUGAUUAUUUUCACCUGUUAUGUUUAGAUUGUGUGUGUGUGUGUGUGUGUUUAACAGCAGUCAAACUGACAAAUCAAAACUGUAUGACCAUACUGUGUGAAGGGGGGGGGGGGGCUCUUUGUUGUUGAGGUGUUGGUACUGUCAGAAAAUUAUACUGAUGCUAGUUCAUUGUUAGUUCAUUGUCUUUCCCCGUAACGUACUUGCAAUAAUUUCCGAAGCCUUCUUCAGCAGUAUAUAUGCAGUGCAGUGUGCAAUAUUCAGUAUAUGAAACGAAGUUCUUCGUGCUGGGAAUUCCAUUUCUUCACAGACAGUCCCAGUCUUCAAAGCAGGUUAGACCAAAAUAAAUAACAAAAGGAAACAAAAAAAGACAAAAAACGAAUUAAUAUUUUAAAAAAAGAAGCCAAAAAAAGAAAAAUAAAUAAUGGUCACUGAAAGUGAUAUUAUAUUUUCUGUAGUAGCUUUUGUACAAUAUUUUCCUAAAUAGUUAUUGAUUAAAAGACAAAUAGAGGAGGAUAUGAAAAUGAGGCCAGGCUAAUUUAGUUUGGCAUUUGUCCCUAACUGUCAUGCUGUGCCUUGACUUGUCGAAUCAGUUCUUUUCCUAAUCUCUUUCAUACAUCCCUCCAACCCUGCUCAAAACCACAACCUGCCAGCCCCCCGCAGCUUCCAUCCUCAGAAUAGACUCUUCCUUGUUCUUUUGAUGAGAAAUUUGGGUUAGUCGCCUCUUUCAUUUCUUUAAUUCCUCGAAAACGUGCUUUCCAUUCUGCCAUGCAACAUCAUCCACUGUGACACUGGUCAUCUUCUCGUGGCAGCUUGUCUCACCCCAUUGAAAAGUGUUACCUUAUCAACUCUGCCCUUGAGGCUCUUUUCAUAUUUUUAUGUUUUCAUUUAUGUUAUAGUCCUUAUGCCUAUGAUGUGUUUCGUAUUUCAAACAAUGAAGUGGAAGACCUUAGGAGAAGAGCAUUGGAAUCAUUAAUUAAUGGCAGCUCGAGUCCUUCCCACACUCUCCCAAAGCUAGUUUCUGUUUAGUGUUAAAGUGUGCUCAAGGCGAUCAAAGUAUUUGAUCCUCUGCCCAUAAGAGAAAAGAGACAGCAAUAUGAUUCAGUUAGUUUGUAAGGGGUUGGGUGCAUUAGAUAGCAGCACUGUUUCAAUAUUAUGGUGCAUAUUGUGACCAACACAUUGAGUUUAAUCUCUCCACUCUCUGCAAACACUGAAAGGAGUAUGGAAGCCCAUUUUCUACCAUGGAAUAAUAAAUAAUAAUAAUUAAACAAAUUGAAAACAAUACAAAAAAGAACAAAAUAAAAAGGUAAUUUUAAGUUUCUCUGUAGAUAUUAACUCAGAACUCAUAACUCAAUUGUCAGUGUAAACUGAAUUCUGAGUUUUUCACUAGCCAUAAAAUAAAAUUAAAAAAUUAACCAAACACACAUAUUUUUAUAUCACAAUUUGGAUGUUUUUUCUUAUUAUUGUGAGUUUAUGUCUUUUGAUUUUGAAAUUUCUUUGUGUAGGUUUAUAUAUUACUUUAUAAUAUAUAUUAAAACAUAUUACAAUGAGAAAUAAACUCGGAAUUACAAUAUAUUUUUAUUUUAUUUUUAUUUCGUGGCAGAAACAGGCUUCCAGAGGAGGGAGAAAAGUUUUUUUUUUUUUUUUUUUUAUAAUAUAAUUUUGUUUUAUGUCAUUUUAAAGCUACAUUUUUAGGAAAAGUUUACAUUUAUGUCAUGGAUAUGCCUGACUGUUGUAGCAAAACUAUUCUUUUUGAGUGUGUUUCUGUAUGUUGAUCAAAAAAACUCUUGCACAGAACCUCCCAUUAACGUGCUUUGAUUGAAAGUUCAGAGAAUUAGGCAUGAGAUUUUAUAAUAUCUCUUAAGAGAUUGUAGCUUUCAUUGGCAUUAUCUAAGAAAUACUUUGUGACAGAGACAGGGCUGUUCAGUGGCUGCAGGCUUUUUUUUUUUUUUUUUUUUUUUACUUUUUAAAACACUAAAAUGAGGAUAUGUCAGCAGACAGGCACAGAUAUAAUUAUGUGGAAAGUAACAGGUGUCCAAGUAUUUUAAACAUGUGUUCCAUUACUCUGAGGAGAGGAAGAAAAAAAACAGACCAGGAAGAAACAAGUGAUACUUUGUGUUUUUCUGCAGAGCAUGUACGAUUGAGAAUACUUAAAGUCAGUGCAGCUGGAAAGCUAGAUCGGAUAAAGACAGGCAGUGAAGGCUACUAAAAAAGAUCAGAGUGACCAAGAAAAAUAUAUAUCUAUAAAAAAAAUCCUUUUUACCUUUGUUAUUCACAUAAAAGCACUAAAAGAGUAAAAUAAAAAGAUUCCUGCCGUAUAGACUGUUUUAGAUAUAGACUUUUAUUUUUCUAACCCCUCCCAAUUUUGUGAGGCAUCAGGUGUAAUAUCAGAUUUAUCUUUAUAUAACUAUAGAUUUGUGACCCUUAUUUUCUGCUCACUUUUCUUCUCCCCUGCUUUUGUUUGUUUUGUGUUCAUGGAGCAGUUUGUUGACAGGUCAGCGUGUGUGGCAUAGCUCACCGAAUGCUUGCGUUUUAGCAUGAGGAAAACCAUUGCGCAAAAGAGGAGACUGCGAAAGGGAGGGUUCUGUGCCAGAGACCUGUGAACAGAUUUCCUUUUAGAAAACAAGUAAUAUUAUAUGUUGUAUAAUAUUGUAAAGGUGUUAUUUCUUUUUUCUUUGUGUGUGUGUCUGUGUACAUACACAUAUUUACCUGGUGCUGGCUAUGUUUGAGCCCAUAGGUAUUAUGUAUUCUUGUAUUGUAAUAUAAAUAAUUAAAAUGUUUUAUACAUA